GUAUUUAGCCAUAGAAGGGCGAUAUUGGCACGUGUAUCGUCAGAUUGACUUUCGAUUUGGAUUUUUAUUUAAUACAAAAAUAUGUGUAAAUACAUGACUUCCUAAGGCUUUGAAGUGGUAUUGGCUGUUUUUGACGUAGUAGCUGUGGUUGUGAAGGACAUCUCAGUGGGAUAUAAGGCAGCAGAAGUGGAAUAAAAGGACAAAUUCAAGCUGUAAAGUCAUAAAAGUACGUGUAAUGGGUGCGUGUUGACAGACGCCAUUUUAUGAUAAAGUUUGGCGGUGGCUGGUGCUAGGAGUAGUCGCAGGAGCGCUGGUGAACUCUCUACUUCCUGAGUUUAGGGAAGGGGCUUGGUCCCGUGCCUGCGCCCCGCGACCGCGCGCACCAAAUUAGCAUCGAUGAAGUUUGUGCGAACAUGGCGGAUUUCCUGCCGACCAGGUCCGUGUUAAAAGUUUGCCUGCCCGUCUGCCUGCUGAGCAGCGGCGAGGUGGAGCAGGUCCGGAGGUCCAAGGAGAUCGAUAGAUGUCUGUCGCGGGAGAAAACCUACGUGAAGCGGCUGGUGAAGAUCCUGCUGCUGGGCGCUGGCGAGAGCGGCAAGUCGACUUUCCUCAAACAAAUGCGGAUCAUCCACGGCCAGGACUUCGACCAGCAAGCGCGCGAGGACUUCCGAUCCACCAUUUACAGCAACGUCAUCAAAGGUGUUCGAGUGCUGGUGGAUGCUCGGGAGAAGCUACACAUCCCUUGGGGUGACCCCAAUAAUCAGCCUCAUGGGGACGAGCUGAUGGCGUUUGACACACGCUCUGCCAAGAUGGUGAGCGGGAAGCUUGACACGGCCGUCUUCCAGCAGUACUUGCCAGCCAUCAAAUCUCUAUGGGCCGACUCGGGGAUCCAGAACGCCUACGACCGGCGCCGGGAGUUCCAGCUGGGGGAGUCUGUGAAGUAUUUCCUGGAUAAUCUGGAUAAGCUCGGUGAACUGAACUACCUGCCGAGUCAGCAGGACAUUCUUUUGGCUCGCAAACCCACGAAGGGUAUCCAUGAAUAUGACUUCGAGAUCAAAAAUGUUCCCUUCAAGAUUGUAGAUGUGGGCGGCCAGAGAUCGGAGCGACGACGCUGGUUCGAGUGCUUUGACUCGGUCACCUCCAUCCUGUUUUUGGUCUCCUCCUCUGAGUACGACCAGGUGCUGAUGGAGGACAGACAGACCAACCGUCUGCGUGAGUCUCUCAACAUCUUUGAGACCAUCGUCAACAACCGUGUCUUCUGCAACGUCUCCAUCAUCCUCUUCCUAAACAAGACGGAUUUGCUGGAGGAGAAAGUAAAGAGUGUCGCCCUCAAGGAAUACUUCCCAGACUAUACAGGGCCCGAGCACAGCCUGCCCGACGUCCAGGAUUUCAUGGUGGAAUGUUUCCGAGCCAAGAGACGUGACGCCACCCAGAAACCCUUGUACCACCAUUUCACCACUGCCAUCAACACGGAGAACAUCCGGCUGGUGUUCCGGGACGUCAAGGACACCAUUCUCCAUGACAAUCUCAAACAGCUCAUGCUGCAAUGACCCAGUCCCUUUUUGAUUGUACGUGACCAAAACUUGAGGGGUUGGACCUCCUGAAGAGGACUUGGGAGAGUCUUAGGAGAUCCGGAAAUCGUCAUCAGUUGUUUUUAUUUUAGUUUUUACUCUCCUCUUUUGAAGAGUUGUGUUGGUGUGUGGUUCGGGCAACGUGGUGAUGAGUCAGCGGAGUGGUUUGGGGUGACUGUAGAGAAGGUUUGGAUUUAGUCCUGAGACCUCAAGAGACGCCCUUCCAAGGUGUCGUUGCUGGAGAUCAUCCAAAUUUCAGUGCCAGAAUUAAACCUGUGAUUUGAUCCAGAUGCACAAGAAAUGUGGGACCAGUUUGGCCUGGUGACCAUAUCAUCUGUCACUAAUGUGUUUGCUUUAAGCAACACAUUCUCAUCACCACUUGAUCGAUUCUCUGCACUGAACCAGAGUCCUCAUUCAUUUAUUGAUUCCAAUGCUCAGCGGUUCUAAUUUGAACUCUGGCUCCGGCUUCGACACCUUGACCUUUGAGGAUCACACAGUGAAUAAACCUCCAAAAUGGAGGCAAGAGCGUCCCAGGAGAAGCAGCAACAAUUGUCAGAAUUCGGUUUUGACGAGUGAAUCUGCAGUCCAACUUUUCUCAGGGUUUUCAACAAUGUUGUUGGUGAAAUUACUGAAUUAUGUUUAUCUUCCAGUGUCUGAGCUUCCUCCUGUGCAGAGUCCAUGUUUUGACAUCAUUCAGAAAAUAAUCCUGUGAUCCCUUGUUUCACUAGUCCUGUAAAUACUGUAAUCUGCUUUCAUGUAAAUAUUCAGGUUUAUCUCUGUGUAUGUAAAUGGUUGUAGAAAAUUAUAUAUUUUUCCAUUUUUCUGAUUUUUUUUUUUUUUUUUUAAUCACUGACGUUUUUUUCCCCCCCUUUUUGUGUGCGUGUAAUUGUUUUUGGCAAAUCCUUGAAUUUCAUUCCUGUGUCCAAUCUGAAGCCACUAACCGCAUCAAUAAAACACACUUUU